UCUGCACAGCCGGUUGGAGUGUGUGGCGGGGGCAGCGCUGGUGCCGCGGGGAUGAACUUUGCCGUGGGCUUCAAGCCGAUGCUGGGGACCUCGCAGAGCAUGGACAACCUGGAGAAGCAGCUCAUCUGCCCCAUCUGCCUGGAGAUGUUCACCAAGCCGGUUGUGAUCCUGCCCUGCCAGCACAACUUGUGCCGCAAGUGUGCCAACGACAUCUUCCAGGCCUCCAACCCUCUGUGGCAGUCACGGGGCUCCACUUCGGUGUCUUCUGGAGGGCGAUUCCGAUGCCCAUCCUGCCGCCACGAAGUGGUGCUGGACCGGCACGGAGUGUACGGUCUGCAGCGCAACCUUCUGGUGGAAAAUAUCAUUGACAUCUACAAACAGGAAUCCUCUCGACCCCUCCAUGCCAAGGCAGAGCAGCAGCUGAUGUGCGAGGAACACGAGGACGAGAAGAUCAACAUCUAUUGCCUGACCUGUGAAUCCCCCACUUGCUCCAUGUGCAAAGUCUUCGGGGCCCACAAGGACUGCGAAGUGGCCCCUCUGUCCAACGUCUAUAAACGGCAGAAGGGGGAGUUGAGCGAUGGCAUCGCCAUGUUGGUUGCAGGGAAUGACCGGAUCCAGGCCAUCAUCUCCCAGAUGGAGGAGAUCUGCAAAACCAUAGAGGACAACGGGCGGCGGCAGAAGCAGCACCUGUGCCUGCGUUUUGACUCCCUGUACAGCACCCUGGAGGAGCGCAAGAAGGAGCUGCUGCAGGAGAUCGGGCGGGAGCAGGAGGAGAAGGUCCAGCUGGUGCGGGAGCUCAUCCGCCAGUACGGGGACCAUCUCGAGGUCUCCUCCAAACUGGUGGAGUCAGCCAUCCAGUCCAUGGAAGAGCCUCAGAUGGCCGUCUACCUCCAGCAAUCCAAGGAGCUGAUCAAAAAGAUCACAGACAUGUCCAAAGUAUCCAUGAGCAGCCGCCCAGAGCCUGGCUAUGAAAACAUGGACCACUUUUCCAUCAACACGGAACACGUGGCUGAAAUGCUGAGAACAAUUGAAUUCCAGACAGACGCUGCUGGGGAAGAUGCUGAAGCCGAGGGGGUCAGCCCAGAAGGUGGCGAAGCUGCAGCAGAAGAGGAGCACCUGGAAGGGGUGGAUGCCCCCGAGGGGACUGAAGAUGUGGGGCUCAGACCCAAGCCUGCAAGUGCCUCGCAUGCAGCUCAGCACUGAAGAUGUGGUGUCAAGGCAGCAGGAGGAGAAGCAACCCACAAUGCAUCUGGAGUAGCAG